AACGAUGGUGCUUUGGAUCGUCCUUUGAUCCCAGCACUGUCUUCGACGGGCAACUGGCUUCCUGACUGCCUGAGCAGUGCCGCGCUGACUACCUGGUUGCGAGCCCUUCUCAGCCGAGCACCUGACGCUGAUUACGGUCUGACUCAGCAGGUGCGGAGCCAUAGCUGCAAAGCUGCUGCUCUCAGCUGGUGCUCCAAGAUGGGCCUUGACGAUCGCACCCUGCUUGGGUACCAUAGCCAGGGCAGGAACAUGGCCAGCCUGGGCUACCGCCGCGAUGUUCUGGCAGGUCCCCUGCGAGACCUCAACCGAGUGAUUCAGUCUGUGGCCUCUGGUUCCUUCUGCCCUGACGUCACGAGGAGCGGCCGUUGGCAGGACACAGCCAACGCGUCUGACUCAGCCUCUGUGGUUUCGAGCCCCACUGACAGACUGAACCGUUCUGGAGACAGUCACCGCUCCGAGUCAGUGCCUGCUCCCAGCGGGCCAGCUGCCCCUUCUGAAGCUGUUGACAGCAGCAGCUCUAGUGGUUCCGAACAGGUUUCCUCUGACAGUGGCGAUGAGGACGAGCAGCAGGUUGCCGCAGCCCCUCACUUUCUUGAGAACCUGCUGUCUUUUGGGAACUACGCAGUGGCCAAGAACAAGUCCCCCCGCCUUCAGCACGUUCUGAAGCAGGAUAGCGGUCGUCUUCUUUGUGGCAAAGUUUUCUCUGCCAACUUCACUGUCAGUACCACUGUCGAUGGUUCUGUUCGCGACUAUUGCUUCCAUAUCGGCGACAAGUGCAGUAUCAGGUCUAGGAAGAUGUACUGGGGCCGUGUCUGGACGUACGUCUUCCUGCAGAUCACGGCUGGCGUGGCGGCCUGUGGUGCAGUUCGAGUGAUCAUGCAAAAGGAGCUCCCGGAAAUCGAGCCCAAGUCCGACUACAACCUCGCCGAUGCUGGGCUCGUUGAGGGAAUCUACAGUGCCAUGUACUGCCUGGUCGCCCUCAACUGCAUUGCAUCUCUGGAGAACAACCCCAGGGGUUUCAGGAAUCAGUCCUUUGCUGUUGCAAUUGGCUUGGUCCUGAUCGCUGGUGGCCCUCCUUGCAGUGAGGUCUCAGGAGGGCUCUUGAACCCGGCCAUUACGGUUGGCUUUUGCAUCUUCGGAGGCCAAGGCCAUCAUGCCGUUCGCACUUUGAUUCUGGCCGCCGCACAGGCUGCCGGUGCAGUGGGAGCCGCAGUUCUUUUCUUUUUGGUGAGACCAGAGGAGCUGGCAGCCCUUGGCAUUAAUGUUGGCGAAGGAUUGAGUUGUCACCGAAUCUGCAGUGCCAUUGGAGCCUUGAACUUCUGCAGCCGCCGGCGCAGUCAAGCAGACGAGGACAGCCACUCCGAAGACGAGGGCGAUGUGCAAACUCGGUCUACCCAAAAGGCUCGCUCUCCUUGGGCGGCCAGAAUAAUCAGUGAACUCAUGGGUACGUACUUGGUGGUGCUCACCUUCGGUCUUUGUGCAGUGGCCACAAACCGAGCACAAGCCGAGACGAGUGGCAAGGCUCUGCUGAUGGUGCCGAGACCAAAUGCCACCGCCACGGCAAACGACGCAGCACAGGAGGCAAAGAUCGUGCUUUCUACGCCGUAUUCCACCGGUGCUGCACUGCUUUCACUUACUUAUGCCCUCGCCUCCGUCUCGGGCGCUCAUUUCAACCCCGCAGUCACUUUGGCAGUAAUGUUCACCAGCCGAGACCCUUACGUUUGGGCUGAGGGACCGACGCUCAUACUUGCACAAGCCUCUGGUGCUGUGGCCGCUGCACUUACGUACCUUUUCGUCAGUCGUGGGCAAGCCAAGGUGGUGCCGCAACAUUUGCCCCAUCUUGGACCUGGCACAGAUUUUUCGUGGCAUGCUGUCAACCUGGCCGAGAUGCUUUUCACCUUGGCGCUUGCCUACGUUGUCCUCUGUGUGACGACGAUCAAGAGCCCGAGGUAUCCGAAAGCCACUUCCAUUGCCAACUUCGAUUUCGGACUUGCAAUCGGCUUCACCUUCAUGGCCGGAGGCUGGGUCACCCAGUGGGUCUCCGGAGGAAUGCUGAAUCCAGCUGUAUCCCUUGGAGUGGCGACUGCGGAUCUGCUGUCAAACGGCAGCGAUAGUCUUUCGACGGAGGCCAUUACCAAGAUGGCCAACGCUCUCUUGGUGCAGUAUGUUGCCUGGCAAUGUGCAGGAGGUGUGCUGGCCGCGUUUCUAUUCUGGCUGGUUCAUCCUUUGCUUUACAAGCAGGAUCCAUUGCUGGUGAAGUCCUCGCGUGUUUGCGUCAUUCUGUGUCUCGCCUGCGGGAGACCGUGCGAGAAGCGGCCGCUGCCGUGGGCUCAAGCAGCAAGGAACUCUGGGAUGAGGGCCACCCAGUUCCUACAGCUCUGCACCCGGACCACAGGUUGUAAUGCCGGUGGAAGGAACAAUGAAUUCAUCGCCCUGGCAGAACGCACGCGACCUUGCACCAUUUUCUACAACACCACUUUAGCAGCUGCCAAAGAGAAUCAUGAAUGGGACUUGGCGCUGUAUUUGUUUGCAACAUCGGCGGAAAGACGACUGAUACCAGAUGUUGUGUCUCUGAAUACUUGCAUGAGUGCUUGCGCAAAGGGCAUGUCCUGGGAGAAAGCCGUCAGCCUAUUGCAUGAUGCCGAGCGGCACGGGCUGCAGCCUGACACGACAUCACUGAAUACCUGCAUUAGCGCAUGUUCCCGAGCAUUGCUCUGGGAGAAAGCGCUCGCCAUUUUAUCGUUGUUCGGUCCUUCAAGACUGCAGCCUUCAGAGGUGACACAUUGUGCCUUAAUCACCAUCUUUGAGAAAGCCACUGCCUGGGAAAAGGCUCUAUCAUCUCUCAACGACCGAAUGCGCUCAGACGCUGGCAUUUCUGUAGUGACAGUCAACAGCACAAUUGCGGCCUGCGCCCAGGGCCACCGAUGGGACAUGGCAUUGGCCAUUUUCCAUCGCAGUCGCCAGCAGUCGUUGGUUAGUUUGGUGACAUACAACUCUACAAUGAGUGCAUGUUCCCGGGCUAGCCAAUGGACACAUGUGCUGCACUUGCUCAAGUUACUGCGGCUUCAGCGUCUUAGUAUGGACCAACGCAGCCUCAAUUCAGCAGUAAGUGCAUGCGAGCGUGCUCGACUUUGGCAAGUGGCUGGCAAGGUGCUGUCUGAUGCGUCUGCUGCUGGUCUGUCUCCUGAUGUGUUCACGUACACAUCCAUGAUUACAGCUUGUUCUGAUCAUCAGCACUGGCUAGAAGCAGUACGGACAUUCCGGAACAUGGGGAAGCUGUCGAUUUCGCCCAACAGCCACACCUACAACUCUUUGAUUGAUGCAUGUGGGAAAGGGCAACAGUGGGAGAUGGCGGUAGGGUUUUUGCACGAGAUGAUCAAGGAUGGCAUAGAACCCAAUGCGAUCACGGUGAGCUCAAUAGCUACGGCCUGUCAGGAGGGACGGGAGUGGGAGCUGGCCCUCGUGAUGAUGCACGAGAUCUACAUCUCUCAUGUCCAACCCAACGUCGUUGCCAUAAACUCAGGCCUUAGUGCUUAUGCGAAGGGAUGGCAGUGGGAAUUAGUGCUGGAGCUGCUCGGACAAUGGCAGCUUCGUGGACUCAGACUGGACACUGUUUCGUUCAACACAGGCCUGCAUGCGUGUCAGAAAAGCUACGAGUGGACACAGGCCUUGGCACUAUUCGAUCACAUGGUGGCAAUAUCCACGGAGCCUGACAUCAUUUCAGGCAAUGUCGUCGUGAGUGCCUGUGAGAAAGGCCAGAAGUGGGAUAAAGCUAUAUCUUUCUUCGAGUCGAUGGGACUGGUCCACGGCUUUCGGCCAGGAGUUGUUGCAUACAGCGCCAGCAUCACUGCAUUAUCGCAUGGCCGCAAAUGGCAGCAUGCAUGUGAGAAGUUUGCCGACAUGGUACUCAGCAAACUGCAACCGAAUGUCACUACGUAUUCGUCGCUGAUCACAGCCCUGGAACUUGGACAGCAGUGGCAGAAGGCUAUGCUGGUCUUUGAAGCCAUGGCCGUGGAGCCGGACGAGGCAUGUCUGAACGCAAGCAUAAAGGCUGCUGCAACGGGCUCGCACUGGAGAGGUAUUUCUUACUUGUUACAGGAGUUCGAUGAGCGAGCAUUGCGGCUUGAUGCCAGGACGUUUGCCAGUAGCAUUGCUGGGCUGGCACGGGCUGGGCGAUGGCAACAUGCGGCUCACUGUCUUGAGAGAUGCUUGCAGGAGGCGGACACAAUGCGUCACGAGUUUGUGGCGCCUUUCAAUGCUGCACUCUUCGGGCUCUCAAAGCAGUGGCUCUGGCAAAGGGUGCUUUCUCUGCUUGCAUCCUCCGAAUGCAGAGCACAUCAGCGAGUCGCAUCGGAAAUUCAGCUUGCCCUAUCAAAGGGAGGUCAUUCGCUUGAGGUGCGCAGUUGGCAACCUCAGUUUGAUUCAGCACAUCGUACAUUCCGCACCUUCUUCGACAAGCUUCAGCAAGGCAACAUUCCCAAGCUGGAAUAUGACAACGCUAUGAUUGCGUUUGAGAGCAGUCCGGAGGGUUGUCGCGCAAUCCGUGAUGCUUUGGAUCGGAAGGGCUUCACUUUGCAUGUAAUGUUGAACUGA